GACUUGCUCUGAAAUGGUGAUGCUGUGAGUGACUGUGGAUAACAACUCUUCACAGGGGGAAUUAGACCACUAGGAUAAAGGCAGCCAGGCACUGAAAGGAAGAUGUUUUGAAAAUCAAGUGUCUCAGAGAAACGUCAAGCCACUAAAGAUGGAGAACGAAACAGUAAGUGAAAUGAACCAGACACAGCUUCAGCCGCGAGCCGUGGUGACCUUAGAAUACCAGGUGGUCACCAUCUUACUUGUGCUCGUUAUUUGUGGUCUCGGCAUCGUGGGCAAUAUCAUGGUGGUCCUGGUGGUAAUGAGAACCAAGCAUAUGAGGACCCCCACGAACUGCUACCUGGUGAGUCUGGCAGUAGCUGAUCUCAUGGUCCUGGUGGCUGCAGGCCUCCCCAACAUAACAGACAGUAUCUACGGCUCCUGGGUCUAUGGCUAUGUCGGCUGCCUCUGCAUUACUUAUCUCCAGUAUUUGGGCAUUAACGCAUCCUCUUGUUCAAUAACCGCCUUUACGAUCGAGAGGUACAUCGCAAUCUGUCACCCGAUCAAAGCCCAGUUUAUCUGCACAUUUUCCAGAGCCAAAAAGAUCAUCAUCUUCGUGUGGGCUUUCACAUCCAUAUACUGUAUGCUCUGGUUCUUCUUGCUGGACCUCAACAUCAACACCUAUAAAGACGCUGUUGUGGUAUCCUGUGGCUACAAGGUCUCCAGGAAUUACUACUCACCCAUUUACCUCAUGGACUUCGGGGUCUUUUAUGUUGUGCCAAUGAUCCUGGCCACCGUCCUCUAUGGACUCAUAGCUAGAAUCCUCUUCUUAGAUCCCAUCCCUCCGGUUCCUAAAGAAAACUCUAAGACAUGGAAGAAUGACUCAACUUAUCAAAACAAGAGCUUGAAUUCCAAGACCUCCAAUAGAUGUUUCAACAGCACCGUGUCUUCAAGGAAGCAGGUCACUAAGAUGCUGGCAGUGGUUGUGAUUCUCUUUGCCCUUUUAUGGAUGCCCUACAGGACCCUUGUGGUCGUCAACUCCUUUCUCUCCAGUCCUUUCCAGGAAAAUUGGUUCUUGCUCUUUUGCAGAAUUUGCAUUUACCUCAACAGUGCCAUCAACCCAGUGAUUUAUAACCUCAUGUCGCAGAAGUUCCGUGCGGCCUUCAGAAAGCUCUGCGACUGCAAACAGAAGCCCACCGAGAAGCCCCCGAAUUACAGCGUCGCCCUGAAUUACAGCGUCAUCAAGGAGUCCGACCAUUUCAGCACCGAGCUGGAUGACCUCACCGUCUCUGACUCUUACCUGUCUGCCACAAAGGUGUCUUUCGAUGACACCUGCUUGGCUUCGGAGGCCACCUUUAGUCAAAGUUGACUUACGAAUUAGGAGAAAAUGGACCUCGGAGUAAAUCGGAACGUGUGUUGUUCUCAACAAAAGAGAGGCAAUGGCCAAUAAUUGGAUGUGAAGACAGCAGAAAAUGUCUUUGCCAUGGUUCUAGCAAGUCUUGGCCUUAACUCCUUCAACACAUCGGAAUGUUUCCGCUAUUCCUUCUUACAGGCAAAGUGGCUCAGCUCUAGACAGCAGCCCAAACAAAUCAAAGUAAAGCCCUUUCCAUUUAAAUUGAAACGUCCACCGUAUUUUCUGAGGCUGUGCAAUUUAUAUCAAAGCUAAGCAUGAUUUUACAUAACUUACAACUUUUUCAAAGAACUGGUUUCUUCCCUCAAAGCAUAUGUCAACAUUUGAUAGUUUUGGCAGCAUGCAGAUUUUCAAAUGUUCGUAUUUAAUGUUUCUUUUAAGAAAGUACGGACUAUUUCGUGACUAUCCGAGACGAUGGGGGAAAUGCGGAGAACGGUUCCUUGCUGAGAAUGAGUUUCUAGUUUACCGUAUUAAAACACAGCACCAAAUGUCAUGUUUAUUUAUAAAAUUAUGAGGAAGCUCAUCAUUCAACUUUAAUACAAAGCGAAUUUCAAAGCUAUCCAAAAUUAGAUGUGAUUUUUAGAUAAAUCCAGCUUCUAUCAACUCUUUGAGCCUCUUCACUGAUAAGUAGGACAGUAGAAGUAAUGGUUAAUAACUGAACACACAAAAAUACCAGGCAAUAUUGGAAAGCAACUGCUAAGACAUGACUAGAUAGUUAAAAGCAGGUUUUACUUUCUCUCUGAAACAUUUAAGGAAGAAAAUCCUUUUUGAACAUUCUUGUGCAUGAACUGCUGAACCUUGUCGGGUGACUCCUCCCUGCUUUACCGUCUGAAACAGUCAGUACAGCUCAGUUGCACUCCAGGAAAGCCCAGGCUGGCUGAUGGCCCUCCGGGUGCAGCCCUGCCCGAGAGCAUUGCAGCUUAUGGAUUUUAAGUUGGCUGCAAUUGUCUUUCUGUCCUGCCGUGCUUGUCAUUAUCGGUUCUUCCCAUCCAUGCCCAAGGUUAGUGAUAGUUUGUUUUCAGAUUUGAAGUCUCUGCAAAAUCUCUGCUGGCUUUUUUUUUUUUCCCCAAUGGCGUUAAACCAAGUUCCUGAUAGCAUCGGGAUUUCUUCUUUUGAGUCCUGGCCUAGACCUGCUCGCAGUGUUUAUUAGAGAGGUGUGAAAUUGAAUCUGCCCAGGACAUUGUUUCAGUUCUUAACCUUUAUUUCUUUUAAAUCACUCGCCUGCUGAGAUUGGUCAUUGAGCCUCUCCCAGUAUAUAAAUUGUCCUAGUCGACGAUUUUGUAAUACUUCAUCGUUAAUCCCUGGAUCAAACAGUGCUAGGCACCUUUAAAUGCCCUGUUGGCUAUCAUUUCCUCUACCCAGUUUCAUCUCUAUGUUUCAGGUAUUUUUUUUCCUGAAGAUGAAUUACUAGUAAUAUUUACUCUUCCCCUCAUCUCAAUAAAUAAUCCAGACAAACUUCACUUUAUUGUACAGCUCUUUAUUGUCCAUUGUAGAUAUUGCACUUUUGAAAAACAAAUUGAUGUUUUUAUGGUAAAUCUGCACCACAUAAGUCUAUUGGCCCCAUUUUUCCAACAUCAGGCACUCACUUCCUGUUUGUGUGUUGCAUUUUGACAGUCCUCACACAAUCUCACUUUUCCAAGAUGCUACUGAAAGUACCAUGGCCUGCAGAAAAGACAAACCGAUCUGUACUGGAGGAAGUAAGGCCAGAGAACUCC